AUGAAUGCCAAUAUACACGGCUUAAGGCCCAUAAGACUCAUGGAUAUUCCGGAUCACAUGGCACCGGAUCUGAAAAAUGCGAAAAUAUAUGACUUCCUACAAGGUAAUGAGCCAGUUCAAGUGAACCACAACUGCUGGAAAUGUUCAGUGCAUUUACUGCCAAAGGAAUUCCAUGAUAAGCAUCAUAUCAUUAAAUACGAGCCCAUUAUACAGUCUGGAAAUAGUGAACUGCCAUACGCUUACCCGGAAGAGACAGGUGUAGCCAUAGGAGGAGAAAGUGGUCCGCAGUAUCUGUUAUUAGAUAUCCAUUACCACAAUAUGGCACAAAUACCCGGUUUACGCGACAGCUCAGGUCUACGUCUAUAUGUAACCAAUAAGCUCAGAAAAUAUGACGCGGGCCUACUUAAAAUAGGUAUGAACCAUUGGAGUGAAUACGACAACCUCCCUGUUAACCGGACGGCAGUAGAUUUAAGUGUUUUCGUGACCUCCCAGUGCUCAUUGCUAGCAUUUCCAGCACAGGGAAUCACGAUAUUCGCGCAGCAGUUGCAUACACACCAAAAACGUACCCGGGUGUGGACUCAACAUGUACGUAACGGCACUGAGUUGACAGAAUUUAACAGGGACAACCACUGUAAUCAUCAGUACCUUGAUAUAUGGAACUUGAAACACAGGGUAACUGUGCUGCCCGGGGAUGUGCUCAUUCAUACGUGCCGUUAUGACACAACUAAAAAGCCAGUAGCUGCCGAAAUGAUGUGCAGCACCUUUUUUCAUUAUUACCCUGCUACUAACAUUCGAUGGGUUGUCAAUGAGGUGCAGCCAUAUAUUGAUUAUAUGACACAGAAUUUGAAAUAUACUCCACAAGAGUUACUCGAUAAUAGGCCCCCGAUUGUAGAGACAUGCACUCAAUUGAAUGGUCAGGCGUAUCAGGACAUACACGUGGACAGUGAUAGCAUGGGUUAUGUGGACAACCAUAACGAUUGUCAUCUCUUGAAUGCUAGCAAAGUGUCAAAUCGACUGAGUUUUGCAUUUCAACGCGCGUUCAAUACAUGCGAUCCCAUAGACUACAUAAUUGAGGACGGCACAACAAAUAUAGUGUACGUCACCGGUAGUCAACCCCUCAUAACAAGGAUCGAUAUGAAUGCCAAUAUACACGGCAUAAGGCCCAUAAGACUCAUGGAUAUUCCGGAUCACAUGGCACCCGAUCUGAAAAAUGCAACAAUAUAUGACUUCCUACAAGAUAAUGAGCCAGUACAAGUGAACCACAACUGCUGGAAAUGUUCAGUGCAUUUACUGCCAAAGGAAUUCCACGAUAAACAUCAUAUCAUUAAAUACGAGCCCAUUAUUCAGUCUGGAAAUAGUGAACUGCCAUACGCUUACCCGGAAGAGACAGGUGUAGCCAUAGGAGGAGAAAGUGGUCCGCAG